UGGCGUCGUUUUGGUCUGGCAGUACCGUCUGAGAUGUCUGUUGACGAUCUCAAGACAAGAUCCAUCGCAGCGGUCCAGGCCUGCGCCUCGGAUCUCUACGAUCUGAGCCAGGAGAUCUGGAAGAAUCCCGAACUCGCCUUCAAGGAGCACCACGCUCACAAAGUCUUGACAGACUUCUUGGAGAAACAAGGGUUCCGUGUGGACAGACACUACAAGUUGGAGACGGCGUUCCGGGCGGUGUAUGGGAAGGAGGGAGGGCUGCACGUGUGUGUGAUCUGUGAGUAUGACGCCCUGCCUGGGAUCGGACACGGCUGCGGACACAACUUGAUCGCAGAAGUGGGCGUGGCAGCCGGGAUCGCGAUCAAGGCGGCGAUCCAGGAUCUCAAACAGCCGGUUAAGUUGACAGUGAUGGGUACCCCAGCAGAGGAGUGGGGAGGUGGCAAGAACUUCCUCAUCCAAGAUGGCUGCUUCAAGGACGUAGACUUCGCCAUGAUGGCGCAUCCCUUCACGUUCAACGUUUCCCGCUGGCGUUGUCUGGCUAUCAUAACUCUUGAGGUGACUUACAAGGGCGCGGCCUCUCAUCCUGCAUACCACACAUGGGAGGGGACCAACGCCCUGGACGCAGCCGUCCUGUGUUAUAGUAACAUCUCUGUACUCAGGCAGCAGAUGAGACCCUACCAUCAGGUGCACGGUAUCAUACAAAACGGAGGGACCCAUCCUGACAUCAUCCCCUCCGAGACCAAACUGAUGUUUUACCUGCGAGCUCACUCGGAAACUGAGCUGAAGAACCUGGAGAAACGUGUGGUCAGCUGUGUGGAGUCUGCUGCCUUGGCUACAGGAUGUCAGGUGGAGUACAACUUCAAGAGAGACGCUUCCAAGUACUCCAACCUGAUACAGAACAACACCCUGGCCACUCUGUACGAGAGGAACGCAGAGGUCCUCGGGGUGACGAACUGUCCGGACAAGUCCGUAACCGGCGCCAUUUCCGGCUCCACGGACAUGGGGAACGUCACGCAUGUCGUACCUGGUAUCCACCCGACAUUCGCUCUACCGACAGACGCUUCUAUUCACUCACGCCACUUUACUGAGGAAGCUGGUACUCAUGAGGCCCAGCCCUACGCCCUGAACCAGGCUAAGGCCCUGGCCAUGACGGCCAUCGAUGUCAUCUGUCAAUCACAGCUGAUGGACACCAUCAGGGAGGAGUUCAAACAAGACUUGGCAAAUGAUUAGGUUCCAUCCAGAAAAAAAGCUAAAGCCUAUAACAUGCAUUGGCAUAAUACCGGUCAUAAGCCUUAUACCGGUCGAUUAAAAAUAGUGGAACUUAAAGAGAUCUACACAUGCAACAAUAGUUAUUUCUGAGGUAUGCACACU